AUGGACCGCCCAACGCUCUCCAAUGUCUUUGGUACACUUGGGGCGGUUUGCUGGUCCGUCCAAUUGAUCCCGCAAGUAAUCUUGAAUUACCGAAGACAGAGUGCCAGAGGCCUGUCGUCCACCUUCAUGAUGUUCUGGGCAUGGGCAGGCGUACCCUUAGGCGUAUACAAUAUCGUCUCCAAAUCCAGCAUCGCAUUGCAGGUCCAACCUCAGGUACUGACUUGCUUAAGCCUGGCUACUUGGAUCCAAUGCUACUACUACGAACACAAAUGGAGCGUGUGGAAAGCUCUCGCCGUUGUUUUGCCGGUGGCGAGCAUAAUGGGAGGUAUUGAGACUGCCCUUGUCUUUGCACUACAGCAUGGCAUUCAGCAUGAUGUCCGGUGGCCACUCACAUUGAUGGCGGUGCUUGCUGCCCUCUUUCUUGCUUUGGGCGUGGGCGAGCAGUACAUCUCCAUCUUCAAGCACGGCAGCGUUGCAGGUAUCUCCUUCUUAUUCUGUGGUAUAGAUGCAUUAGGCGACGUGACUUCGAUUGUGUCUGUGCUCUACGAACAGCGGGUCAACGUGCUUGGACUGGUCAUAUAUAGUGUUGAGCUGGUGCUCUGGAUCGGUAUCUUCGCUUGCGGCGGUUACUACAAGCUUCUUCCAUGGCUACAGAGUAUUGUUGCAGGCCGGCGGUCACGGAUUGCCAGACCAGAAGAUACCUUCCAAGGACAAACAAGCAUUGCCAUCCACGAUCUGCCAUCGUCGACAUCCGUCUUCCGCACACCUUCCACCGAGCACGAGUUCCGCUCCCGAACGGCAGUCGCACCUUCCUCAACCGGCUGA